CCAAUUAGGUAUGUUGGAUAACUAGUUUGUCUAGUACAACCCGAAUAAAGUCAGUCAGUCACAACCAAGUCUUGCUCAGAAGUCUUGCUCUGAAAUCUCGUUGCGUUGUAAAUCUUCAUCUCAUUACAUCUCAACUUCCUGCCCUGUAGGCGUGCCCCACUCGGCCACCGCUGACCUUUUAAGUGCCAACAGCCAGCAGUACGUGCAACUUCAAGUAGUGCUGUGCUGUGGUCCUGUUGCAGUAUACCCUACUGUGCUGUCUCCAUCCCCUGCAGACUUACCUUACACUGACCCGGGACUCCGGCGCCCAGCACGCAACGAGGACGCACGCACCGACCGGGCCGUUUUACCAGCUCAGAGAUGUUUGCAAAAGCUACUGCACAUUUUUUAGAGGAAGUGGAUCCCACCGGCAAUCUGAUUCCAGUAUCCAGUUGCAAUGACUCUUUUAAUGUUUUGUCAAUCGUGAGGAAGCAAAAGGGUGGAUUGCUGUUUCAGAAAACCAAAUAUGUUGCCACUGGUUUUACCCUUAAUGACAUCUUAAUCGGUGACACACUGAUACAGCCAGCUGUCACACUGACAGAAUUCGCAAACUACACUCAAAGUGGGAGUGAAAAAUACCAGGCAGGCUUGGAGGCCAACUUGCAUCCUGAACUUGCUCAACUGGUAGUGGAACAUAAAGGCACUUCAAAGCACAACAUUUCCUUUGGCAGCUUGAAGAAAGAAGAUCUAAAUUUGCCGCAGCUAAUUAAAGAUUCCAAAGGCAGGUUCCUCGACAUGGAUCACAGCCUGAUCAAGCAGGCUCGAGAGAAAGAUGGGGCUGUGUUUGGACUCGUGACGCAGAAGAUUGUGACGACUCAGACAUCAACAAUUAGUCAGAAUGACGAACUGGCAAACAGUCUAGGAGGCCAGAUUAGGCACAUGGUCCUUAAGGUAUGUGGGUAUACGGAGCGGCCAAAUGCAAGAGUGAUUUCCCUUUGUAAAUAUAGUACAUAUGAGUGAAAGGGCUGAGUGCUUUGUGUGUUCUCUAUCGAUGAUUAGAUCAAUAGCAAAUUUUCCAAUGACAUUUUUUUCCUGACUCAGAUUCCUGAACUUGAGUAUCGGCCGAUUCUGAGUAUUUACCGAUACAGCAUCAAGCAUCGUAACUACUAAUAGCACUUGUUCUUACUGAAGGGUUCUCUUAGCAAUGUGUAGUCGGUUCACUUACUGUAGACAGCAAUUAUUUUCAGAACUAGAUCAUUUAGACAAGUCUAACAACAAGGAAGUUGCAUUAAACAAUACAAUUAUUAUUAGGAAUAUAUUAUAGGAAUACGCACACUACAUGUUUUAGGUGUGGCUGCCUUAUGAUUCAUAACACCAAUAGCAACACGCAUGACCAUUUCCUUAAGCUAAUGUCUACCUGCUAAUGUUUAUAUAUUCCUGCUAAUGUUUAUAUAUUUUUAGAUGUGCCUUAAAGCGAAUGCAAGCUUAACGAAAGAAAGAUCUUCGGAACUGACUAUACAACCACAUACGACCAUCGCUUACAAGCAAAAUGUACUAAUAGUGAAACCCAAAGGAGACUUUGGCCUGGAUUUCAUGUCUGAGAAAUCCAUUCCUCCUGUGACGUUCCAGACAGAUGACUGGUACCCACCCGGCUGUACCUGGCUAACAGAGGAAGUGGCCACGCUGAGUCGUAACUUUGCACUGCUUUCGGGUCUCAAAGCAUCUAUCAGGACCUCUCUGCUCCAGCGCCUCAUUUCUGUCAUGAUGCAGUGCGGGGCAGUCCAUCUACUGGAGAGGGUGCUAAGCCAGAUGCUCGAUGGCAAACGCCCCUCUCUGGACUGUGUUGAGAUAGAGCCUCAGAGACAGGCCCUCCAGGUCAUGCUGGAUGUCCUGUCUGACGAAGACAACGGACUGGAGACGGAGGACUCCAGCAGUCCUCUCGGUGCAUUUCACCUCGUUACCAGCGCCCUGGCUGAAAUGCCGGAUGACGGUCUUGCUGUCCUGAUGUCGAGCUGCACUCCCCGAGUGCUGAGAUCCCUGGCGCUCCUGGUGCAGUGUGUGAUCGAAAAUGGGGAGAUGUCUUUGAGCAGUGAUGACCUCGCUCCCCUGACCGGGGAGACCUUCCAGUUGACAGAGCUGCUGUUCAGCUCCUGUGGAGUGGAGCUGCAGAGAGACGGAGACGUGCUGAAGACGAAGCUCAGCGAGAGCUACCAGCCGCGGCCACUCGUCCUCUGCUUGGCCAUAAAAGGCCUUGCUUCCAUGGCCAACUGUUAAAUAGGGACAGGAAAAGCCAGGGUGCUCACAACAUGAUAUCUCAAUGGUUUUUGAGCACCAAUAUUAUAUGGAUUGCGGUUCUAUAUUGCGAAAAAAUUAUAUUCCUUUUUUUGGUUAAAUGUUAUCUUUUGUUCCUGGCCUACUAUUCUUUCUUCAAAAAAAUUGGUUUGUGUCAACCUAACAAUAAGUAUUGCAGAAGGAAAGAAUUUAUAUUCUUACAUGAUUUAUUCUGUUUUUUUCACAAUGAAGGAUGUACAUUUUCUAUGGAUUGUAUUGUGUACAAUUGUGUAUUGAUUGUGUUUUACCUUAUCAAUCCCAUUGCCUUUAAAUCAUUGAACAACCUUAUUAAUACAUACAACAACAAUACAAUUCCAUAAAUAAACAUAAAAGUUCUGUAUUUUAAUUCUAUUUAUUUGUGAGGUAUUUUAUUUAUUUUAUAUAUAUAUGUCAUAUGGCAUUGUAGAUAUAAUGCUGAUAACUAAUAUUAUUGAUAAAUUCAUGUUAGACAAUAUGAUUAUACUCCAGGCUAGAUUUAGCACUGACUGCCUUCAAUCUUAAACUGUUGAUAUUAGCUUAAACCUUUUUUAAACUAUGCUUCUUAAACCAUUCUUAAACUCCUCUUUCUUAUGAAAUAAAUCGGUUUUCCCUCAGCUU